AUGAGAGGUAUCCGCUGUGAGUCUGGGCUCAACAUAUUGUUUGAGCUGCAGGCCCUGAAAUUCACAGCUCUGAAACAGUCGAAAGAGUCCGAAGAACAGAGUUUACUGCAGCAGCGGAGUCACACUGAGGAGCUGAACGCCCUUCAGGAAAAAUACACAGCCUUGGAGCAGCAGGGAACAGCUGUACGAGAGAAACUGGAGAGGAGAGUGGUUGAACUGGAGAACAAACUGGCAGAACAACAAGGUUCAGGAGACACUGCAGCAGAGGUGAAGCGUGUGAUGAAUGGAGUGUUCCAUUCUCUCCGAGGGGAGUUUGACCUCAGUGAGUCGUACAGUGGCCAGGCUGUGUUGGGGGUGAUUGUCACCACCAUCAAGAAUGUAACCCUGCAGCUGUUGAGCAACUCUGAGAAAUCAGCACCGACACCGAGUAAGAAGGAAGAGGAAGCAGAGGAAGAGGAGGUCAAACCUCAGCAGAACGUUCAUGUGAAUGGAGAAAGAGAAGAGGAAGUCAAAGAGGAAGAGAAGGAGGAAGUACAUACGGCUCAAUCUGAGUCUCAACCACUCGGCAAGGACCAGAAGGACGAGGAAGUAUCGGAAAAGACGGAAACAGUUCCUGCGUCAGAAACACAAAAUCAGUCAGAAGCUUUAGAGUCCAUGGAAAUCCAUCAGGGUACAGCCACUGAAUCCAAACCAGCGGAGGAGGCAGCAGAUUCAGAAGCACAGCAGGAGGCGGUACCAUGCUCUGCUCCUCCUGCUGCUCCUUUGGAAGAGGACGACACCAGUAAAACUCCAGAUCCACCAGGAGGAUCUGAGGAGAGUUCAACACCUGAGAUGGCACAAGAAACUGAAGAACACAACGCUGUGGUGAACAGUGAGACGGAGAAGAACAAGGAUGAUGAAGAGCAUCCAGAAGAAACCAAUGGUGAUACUCAGAAAGGCUUUGGCCCGCCCACAAACCCUCCUCCACCACCAAAAGCACAGAACAGCCCACGGCAGGACACAGGGUGAGUGGGUAGAGAAUAUUCCUGUUUUUUUAACACUAAAAGAGAAUAAGUUGUAGUUGUCAUCAUUUAUGUCAGUAUGUUCUUAUUUUAUGGG